GGCUUGCCACACAUUUUGUUUGAUUUCAGAGUAGAAAGCAGCCCUUUCCCAACUGUCAGUUUCUGCAUUUUAUACCAGAAAUGUUUGGCAUUUGUACAAUGUAACGAAACUGCUGGUAGUUCCACUUUAUGUAAGGUUGUUACGAUCCAAAGAUACACAUCAUUCACCCUUUUAACAGUAUUCACUUCCCCUUGCGUAACCAUUUUCUUGACAAACACGAGUUUGAGAAACGUUUUUUACAUGAUUUCAUUUUCAACAUAAAGUAGAAGCCCUUGCUUCUCGGCCAUUUGUUUUGAAACUCACUCACACACUUUGAACUCCUUUCUUCCCUCUCGUAUUUCCUGUUUGUAUGCAGCCUGCCAAGAGGUAGAUCACUUGCUUCUGGGCAAAGCAAAGGAGCAUCGCUAACUGUGAAACACACCUGAAAUAAAAAAAAUAAAUAAAAGAAAGAAAGGCCUUCCCUGAAAUGGGCGUGCUUAAAAGCCCAGUGUGGGCAGGGCCCAGCGGAGGCUUAAAACCAGCGAGAGGUUUGAUUCAGUAGCAGAAUGCACCGGCAGGCUUUAGUCUUAAGUCCUCACUGGGACAAAUAUAGAAGCCGUGCGUAUAGAUAGUAAGGUUGUUAGCUGAGCCCCCCCCCCACCACAGCGUACACAGGCUUAGCCCAGGUAUCUACUAGACCACCGGAACAGGCUCGGCGACUCGUGUCUCGUAUUCAAGGAUGCCUUUGGGGCUAGGAUGGUUCUUGGAGGGUUCUCCAGCUGAAGCAGCAUCGGCAGAAUCCAUUCCAGUCACAUGUGUACAGCCAUGAAGGUGUUAUUGCAGGACCUGGCAGGCAACAACAAGGAGAAUAAAAUGUGGAAAUGGCACAUUCAGGACCCCGCCACACAGAGACUGACGUGGAACACGGCCCCCAAGAGCGUCCUCGUCAUCAAGAAGAUCCGAGAUGCCAGCCUGCUUCUGCCUUUCAAGGAGCUCUGCAUAUUCCUCACGGAGGUCAAAAAGAUGAUUGUUUAUGUGGAAAAGAAGGUUCUGGAGGACCCGACUAUUUCCGAUGAUGAAAACUUUGGGACCAUUACGAAGAAAUUCUGCACUUUCAGAGAAGAUCUGGAUGACAUCUCCAAUCGUGUGGACUUCAUCAUCUGUCUUGGUGGAGAUGGAACUUUGCUGUACGCUUCCUCACUCUUCCAGGAGAGUGUCCCCCCAGUGAUGGCCUUCCAUUUGGGCUCACUGGGCUUCUUGACACCAUUUAAAUUUGACACCUAUCAGUCUCAAGUCACCCAAAUUAUUGAAGGUAAUGCUGCCAUAGUGCUGCGCAGUCGCUUGAAAGUCCGAGUGCACCGAGAGCGGGAGAAGGGAGUCUUUCUGACCAACGGGGACGUAGACAGUGGCCACAAAACUGCAUACUAUCAGGUGCUGAAUGAAGUGGUGGUGGACAGAGGGCCAUCCUCGUACCUGUCCAACGUCGACCUCUUCCUGGACGGACAUCUCAUCACUACGGUGCAGGGAGACGGUGUGAUCGUGUCCACACCUACAGGCAGCACAGCAUAUGCAGUGGCUGCAGGAGCCUCCAUGAUACACCCCAAUGUACCAGCGAUCAUGAUCACUCCAAUCUGCCCACACUCACUGUCCUUCAGACCCAUCGUGGUGCCUGCUGGAGUGGAGCUGAAGAUAAUGCUGUCAUGCGAUGCCAGAAACACAGCCUGGGUGUCGUUUGAUGGGAGACGCCGCCAGGAGAUCUGUCAUGGAGACAGUAUUACCAUCACCACUUCCUGCUUCCCCGUUCCAUGCAUAUGCUUCCGCAACCCGGUCAACGACUGGUUUGAGAGCCUGGCCCAGUGUUUGCACUGGAACGUCAGGAAGAAGCAGAACAUCUUCAGCUCGGAGGACGACUUCUGAGCCUUCGGGGGGGUCGACACUUUGUUUGCUCUGUGCUGUUCUGUUUCUUAGCGCUUACAGUCAUUUCCUACAACAAAACCAGCACCUUUUUUUACUAAAAACAGCUGAUUUUUUUAAAGAGUUUGCCACACUUUGUUUGGGGGCUAGUCGCUUACGUACAAUCAAUUUGGCGGAAGUUUUUGGGGAUACUCUUGUGCUCACACAUUCAUAUCGUUAUAACACUACUUUGAAUGAGUGUUGUAGCGCUUUUUACCCUCAGAGUGUAAACUACCUGGUCAACUAUACAUUCAUGUCACCAAAUCUUGCUACAUUCUAUGAUUUGUUUGGAGAAAGUGAACCAGCAUUGCAAACUGUGCCUUACAUAAUCAUUAUUAUUAUUAUUAUUGUAACACUGGUAUCAUGAAUGUAUGGAAAUAACACGUCAACGUUUACGUCAUGCUUAUUUUUCUACUUCAGCAAUCAUACACAUAGUUAGUUACACUCAGCUGUAUUUUUAUGAUGAAUAUCUGUUUAUAUUUUAUAGAAAAUUCUUCUCAAGCCAUAGCAAUAGAUGUGUGUGUGUGUGUGUGU